GCACCACAGCACACCCAGAGCAUGUUGUCAGAUGACAAGUUUGAUGCAGGUCGUUCUGACAAGUUUUUUAGUGGCAAAAAUAAAACCGCAAAAAAAUGUGAACAAAAAUGUCGUGUUUAGUUAAGUCCUUAGCUAUCGCAAUCUAGAUCCAGUUUGACACAGACGAGCAUCUAUAUAUAGGCUUGAUCGGAUCACGUGACUUGUGUGUGCUUGACACGUGACAUGCCUCGAAAAAAAGCCGGAACCCGGCUGCCGGUUGACGACAUAUCAGUGUCGGACAUCGAGAAAGAUCUGAGCUACGUCAAGUCUCCUGUGGGGGAGGGGGGCGUCCUGCCCCCUGAGCGCCCCUACGGGUGGUCCGACGAUGUGGAGUAUAACGCCGAAGCAGCACCGCCCCCUGUGGCUCAUGAGAAAUUCGGGGAGGAGCUAGAAGACAACACUGGCCCUGAUUGGCUGGAGGACACUAACGGCCUUGACCUACAUAAAAACGGUGUCAAGGAAGUUACCCAAGGUCGAACUCUCUCACCCUACGUAGUACCAAAAGUAAAAUCUCCACUUCUUGCUGACGACGCCCCUAGACUGAAACCCGCCUUGUCCAGACACGGGACGCCCCGGCCGCCCCGCCCCCCGCAAGACGCGGAGUUCGAGGAGCUUAAGUCUGUGGCCUCGAGGUUACAGGACAGCGAGGACGAGACUCUCCGAGACUUUGCCGGGAGCCCGGCAGGCAACAGGACGGAGGAGCUUCAGGCCAUGCUGGGACAGCUACGUCAGCACCAGACCCUGCAGGAGACCAUCCAGACUGGGAAGCAACCCAUCCUGGAGAAAUAUGGCCAGGACCUCGAUACGAGAGGGAAGCCAAACGAGUUUGAGAAUGGAUAUAAAUUUGGGCCUGAGAAAUCAGACACGGCCCUAGGUGGCCAGAUCAAGACGGCCUACAUCACCCACAGAACGUAUACAGCGACCACCGUCAGACCCUCGACCCCAGGGGACGACGGCAGCUUCAGGAGGAAAGGCAAGAGGAAAACCACGGUCGCCAGCUCCCAGCAGACGAUGAGCCCCGCCUACGACCUCGACAACGAGGCCCUGGCGCAGGUUGUAGGUGAAGCAGAGUCGCACAAAUCCAACAGCAGCGUGUACAGCAUCGUGGAGGAGGGUCGGGACAAGAUUGACGUACCACUGUCUGGGACUAGCACUUGGCACACCAUCAUACACGGUCGAGCUGACCUUAUCGUGGCAGGUGCAGUGAUUGCAGGUGUGGGGCUCCUGAUCAUCAUCAUGUCAAUCAUCCACCUGUUUGUUAGGCGCAGCCGCGCCAGAGACCGAGACCUAAACCAGAAUCAGCGCUACCGACGGCUGGGGACAGCAGACGAACGCGCCGUCUUAAAGAAAUCGAAACACUCAUCGGCGCUCUUUGACAUGUCGUCAGAUGACGAGACCGACGCUGAAGACGAUGACGAGGAAGACACGCUCUACAUCCGGGGAAAGCGGAGCAAGAAAUGACGUCACACGAUCAGUGGGCGGUUAGCGGGGGAAAUUCACAGGAAAAAAGUCACAGGAAAAAAGUCAUAGGAAAAAAGUCACAGGAAAAAAGUCACAGGAAAAAAGUCACAGCCAAAAAUUCACAGGAAAAAAGUCACAGGAAAAAAGUCACAGCAAAAAGUCAUAAACAUGGUCUAAAAUUAUUUGGAUAACUUGUUCAGUCUUGUAAAACUUUUAGAAUUUAUAAAUUUGGGGGGUGUUUUUAAGUAACAAAUUUAUAAACUUUGAAAAACAUUAUAAUAGUAAUCUGUUUACUUCUUAAUAUAAUAAUAAGUUAAAUAACAUAAGAUCAUUUACACAACAGCCGCAAAUUUUGUUACAUAUUUAUUUCAAUACCCGCUAGAAAAACAAUUAUAAUUGUGCUUUGCUAUGAACAAUUGUAGAUAUGCCCAUUGUGUCAGUAGCUUGGCCAUCCGGAGCAUCCAACUUACAGAAGCAGCUAAAAUAGAUCUCAAUAGAUCUCAAUCAACUUAUUGAUCAUUUAAUUGCUAAAUUUAAAGCAAAAAAAAAAAAAACAUCUAAAUAAAUCCUGAGCAAUUUUUUUAACAAAAUGGGUUUGGUUAGUGGCGACACAAGGGUUUGGUUAGUGGCGACACAAGGGUUUGGUUAGUGGCGUCACAAGGUCGGAUGUUCCCCAGUGCGUUUACUAAAAGUGUCACCCUAUUAUCCUAAAAACAUUUUGCAUUUUCGGUGGUGUGUUACCCCUCUCUCACUAAUAUUUUAUUAUUUUAGCUGGAUAGUUUUGACAGUAAAUUCUACAAUGUUUUGUCAAAGUGUCAGGCAUAAUUGUUGUCAUCAGAUGCGUACAGCACCCCUGCCCCGCCUUGUGACGCUACUGUGUUUGGUUACUCACAAAAUUAAUGAAUUCACUGGAAGCUUGUAUUACUUUUUACAAAACUACGGGGUAGUAGCAGUAAUAAUAAUAUAGUAUAAAUACAUAAUCAGGACGUAUAGAAUACAAAAUGUACAGAGUAUUUAUAUUAUGUAAAACUAUCGUAAGUAGCAGUUAAUUUCUUCAUUUCACUCCAUUGUAGCCUAACAGCUGACAAAGGGGCCCACUAAUAUUUUUUUUCGUGGCCCAAAAAAUCCUAGCUACGCCACAUUCUGAGCAGGCGUAAUGUUUUGUUUCUUGUGUGUUUGGUUGAGUCAUUUGGGAUUAUCUAACCGAAGUGUCUUUUCUAUGUUCAUAUGUAAAUCUAAUAUAUGCUAGAUUUUUGUGCCAAAAUAAAAUAAACUUUGUGUUAUCAUU